UGUGAGAGUUGCCGAAAGCAUCGAAAGCUCAGUUGAGUUGCGGUCGCCAUUUUCUCGGGAGUAAUCUGUCUGUCGUGUUUUUGAUCCUGAAGUGUUUUUCGAAAGAAGAUCUGUCGAAAAUUAAGGCCCAUCUCUCAGGGGCGUCCGUCAAAUGGCUUGCUUGAACACUUUAAAACAAGAAAUUAAAACUCUCGAGUCCGUGUUUCCCAAGAGCCAUGAAAGGUUUCAGAUAAUGUCCGCGAGUGUCGACGAGCUCAGCUGCAGGUUCGUCGGUAAAAAUGGGAAGAAAUACGACAUUCAUGCCAAUAUUACAGAAACCUACCCUUCUACGCCACCGGUUUGGUUUGCGGAAUCGGAGGAAACAAGCGUGACAAAUGCAGUACAGAUUCUAAGUAACACAACAGGCCGAGACAACCAUGUAAUUAAUCAGGUGGGAAUACUUCUGAAGGAAUUAUGCCGCUUGCACUCUUUGCCCGAACCACCUGAUGUCGAGCGAUUAAGAACAGCUCUAGACCCGCUUCGGCUAGGUGGAGCAGCUGCUGCUGCACAAAGGAUGGAAGCUGAGGAUGUGGAAGAUAUAGAAGAUGAUGAAGAAAGUGAGACUGAAGAGGACCUCCAUUUAGAUAUGGAUGAGGGAGAAGCCAAUGCCAAAAGCAAGGGCGAUGAGAUGGACCUGGAGCAUCUGGCGACACUGGAAAGGUUGAGACAAAAUCAGAGACAAGAUUAUUUAAAAGGAUCAGUAUCGGGUAGUGUUCAAGCCACCGAUCGACUUAUGAAAGAACUGCGUGACAUAUACCGAAGUGAUAGUUUCAAGAAAGGAAUGUACAGCAUAGAACUUGUUAAUGAUAGCUUGUAUGAGUGGAAUAUCAGGUUAAUGUGUGUCGACCCUGAUUCGCCACUUCACAAUGAUCUUGUUCUUCUCAAAGAAAAAGAGGGCAAAGACAGUAUUCUUCUCAACAUGCUAUUUAAGGAAACCUACCCAUUUGAACCACCUUUCGUGCGAGUUGUUCAUCCGAUAAUUUCGGGUGGCUACGUACUGGUAGGUGGUGCGAUUUGUAUGGAAUUGUUAACGAAGCAAGGAUGGAGUUCAGCAUACACGGUAGAAGCCGUUAUAAUGCAGAUUUCUGCAACAUUGGUAAAGGGAAAGGCACGCAUACAGUUCCAAGGAGCAGGUGGAGGAGGAAAAGUUUGUGGCAACCAGGGCCAAUACAGUCUCGCACGUGCACAGCAGUCAUUUAAGUCCCUUGUACAGAUACACGAAAAAAAUGGCUGGUUUACACCACCGAAAGAGGAUGGCUAAUA